GUGUUUACGGCUUGUUCCCCAUUCACAACGUUUCUAUUCCAUUCACUUCUUUUUAGUUGAGUUAUUAACCCACCUGUUGCUUGUGGGGGGUGUAAGUUAGUGACAAGCGGUGUGACUGUGCGUGUUUCUAUAGAAACGGCUCCAACACCUGCCCUCCCGUGACACCUUGGCGCUGAGCGGUAGGAAAACGGUAUGAUACACACGAGACUUCUACCGUCACCUGGGCAUAACGGGGCACGCAACCGGACUCUCUGCAUGUGCCUUUUUAUGAAGUUGUUCCCGUUACAUUCAGAAACAUUUUGUACCAGGAAGUAUUUACCUGGAUAGCAUGCACGCUGGAAGAACUCAGCUAACUUCAAAGUAGCCUAACUUUCGUUCAGGUUGGACUAUUUUAUGCGAAGUUCCAGAUGCUCAUUUGAAAAUGUGGACUGAAUGGACCUAAAAUAUCCGGUAAUGGCGUAUCGAUAAUGACGACCGUCCUAUCCUGUAACAGAAGUGGUCAACUACGUUGAAAUUGGAUGCAUCUUUAUUUGUGUGGGGAAAUGAUCUAGCACAGCCUUCGAUACUUUCACCCCGAUCGUCAUGAACUCUGAAAAGCCCAGUUUUCUAUCGCAACCUGUUGUGAAGAACAUUUUCGUGUAUCGAAAUGGAGAUCCGUUUUACGAGGCUCGCCGGUUAGUGGUAAACCAAAAGAGAGUGUCCAAUUUCGAUACUUUUCUUCGAGAUGUGACGGGGGGUGUGCAGGCUCCGUUUGGAGCGGUUCGGAACAUCUACACCCCUCGAAUGGGCCAUCGGGUGGCCUGCCUGGACCAUCUACAGAGCGGGGAACAAUAUGUCGCUGCCGGGAGAGAGAAAUUCAAGAAAUUGGAUUAUUCACAGAUAGGGUCCAGAAAGAAGAGGAUGCUCCUUACUUCUUCAGGGCAGGCUAAACCGGUGCCCCAGAGUCGAAUCAUUGUAUCAGCCAGAUUCCUGAAACCCAUCAAAGAACCCUGUUCGAUUUUCGUGGUAGCGAAUGGUGAUGUGAUGACCCCAGCGUUAAGACUGCUGAUACCCCAACGGAUACUGGGCCAAUACGACAGGGUUCUGGAGAUGAUCACUGACAAAAUGGGUUUGAGAAUCCUGGGGUGUGUACGAAGCCUUUACACCUUUGAUGGAAAUCAUGUGAACGAGGGAAAGGACUUGGAAAGUGGACAGUUGUACGUGGCUGUUGGGAGAGACAAGUUUAAAAGACUUCCCUACAGUGACCUUCUGUUCACCAAACCAAGGGGAAUACGAAGGACUACAGGAUCCAAAGCUUCCUCAUUACCUCCCAUAUACACAUCUGGAAAGCAGAACAGAAACAGUUUGACGGUGAACCACAGUAAGUCUAUGUGGCGGUGCAGAGAGCCAGCAGACACCAAGAUAUCUGCACACGAUACGGACCGCACGUUGUCCAUCGUCAGGCAGAUCUCCCAGCAGAGACUCAUGAUCCUCAGGAAGAGGAGGAGUGGUCUCAGUAUCUCCCUGGGAACACAGGACAACGAGGAACAGUUGAGAAAGGGACUGAAGAAGAGACUGAGGAAUGGGCUGAGGAAGAGACUGAGGAAGGGACUGAGGAAUGGGCUGAGGAAGGGACUGAGGAAGAGACUGAGGAAGGGACUGAGGAAGGGACUGAGGAAGAGACUGAGGAAGAGACUGAGGAAGGGACUGAGGAAGGGACUGAGGAAGAGACUGAGGAAGGGACUGAGGAAGGGACUGAGGAAUGGGCUGAGGAAGGGACUGAGGAAGAGACUGAGGAAGGGACUGAGGAAGAGACUGAGGAAGAGACUGAGGAAGGGACCGAGGAAGGGACCGAGGAAGAGACUGAGAAAGGGACCGAGGAAGGGACUGAGGAAGGGACUGAGGAAGGGACUGAGGAAGAGACUGAGGAAGAGACUGAGGAAGGGACUGAGGAAGAGACUGAGGAAGGGACUGAGGAAGAGACUGAGGAAGGGACUGAGGAAGGGACUGAGGAAGAGACUGAGGAAGAGACUGAGGAAGAGACUGAGGAAGGGACUGAGGAAGAGACUGAGGAAGGGACUGAGGAAGAGACUGAGGAAGGGACUGAGGAAGGGACUGAGGAAGAGACUGAGGAAGAGACUGAGGAAGGGACUGAGGAAGAGACUGAGGAAGGGACUGAGGAAGGGACUGAGGAAGAGACUGAGGAAGGGACUGAGGAAGAGACUGAGGAAGAGACUGAGGAAGGGACUGAGGAAGGGACUGAGGAAGAGACUGAGGAAGAGACUGAGGAAGGGACUAUAA